AUGCUCUUCACAGCCGUUGUAGCCAUCCUUCUCGCCCUCGGUCCUCUGACUGCCCACGCCAAGUCACAGGGCAUAGUCACGCAUCCGACCUCCGACACAAAGCUUGACCUCGGCAGCGAUGAUCGGUCCAUGAAAAUCACCUGGGCGUACGAAGGCGACUCGGGAAAGUGGGAUCACGUUGAUCUUGUUCUCCAUGGCGAGUCGAGAGACGAUGCAGGCUCCACCAAAGAAUGGUCUGCAAGCGUGCGAAUGGACAUCGAUUUGGGUGCACGCUCUUUCACAUACAACUCGACAAGAAGUCCCACUUUGCUGGACGACAUGAUGCUCAGAUACAUGGACGGAGGACGCUGGGCGGUUCGAUAUGGCGUUCGCUACCGCAGAUGGGACGCGCUGGAGGAUGUCUUCUUCUCUGAACCUGUGGCGGUGGAAGGAAAGCCAUGUAAUGGAUUGUAA